CUGGGAGGCAGCGGCACGGCUUUUCAUCGUACCUUGCUCAAGACACCGGCUGCCUUCGACCCUCUCUUGUACUUCACCUUUCUAAGCGCGGCCUAUACCCUCUGUACAAAAUGGCUUCUGGUGUGAUGGUCUCAGAUGAUGUCAUUAAAGUAUUUAAUGACAUGAAGGUGCGCCAUCAACUCUCCCCAGAAGAAGCCAAAAAGCGUAAGAAGGCAGUUGUCUUCUGUCUAAGCGAGGACAAGAAAAUGAUCAUCUUGGAACCAGGAAAGGAGAUCUUGCAAGGAGAUGUUGGCUGUAAUGUUGAUGACCCCUACAAGGCAUUCGUGAAGAUGCUGCCCCGAAAUGACUGCCGUUAUGCACUGUAUGAUGCACUAUAUGAGACAAAAGAAACAAAGAAAGAGGAUCUUGUUUUUGUGUUCUGGGCCCCUGAAGAAGCAUCACUUAAAAGUAAAAUGAUCUACGCUAGCUCUAAAGAUGCAAUCAAGAAGAGAUUUCCAGGUAUCAAACAUGAGUGGCAAACAAACACUUUUGAAGAUAUAAAUGAUCCUUGUAACCUUGCUGAAAAACUAGGUGGCAGCACUGUAAUUUCCCUUGAAGGAAAAACCCUGAAAAGUUGAGAUCCCUUCCAAUGCCAGUGUCUGUGCCACUUCUUUAAGGGGCUUCCAUGUAACCAUUAUCCCAACAAUGUCCCCUCUGCUACCUGAAAAUCCCUCACUACUUUGAAGGACAUGUUUCACUCUUCAGUCGGAUAUCAUUUUAAAGGCAUUCCCAGUGCAGACCAGCCUUGGGUUUUUCAUUUUGUUUUAGUAGUCUUGUUUUUGGAUACCUUCACGAUCUUAGAGGAAGCUUUCCUUCCAUCUACAAAGUAGAUGCACUUAUCUCAGAUUGAGUUAAUUUUGCCAAAUAUCUUCUGGCGUCUUACCCAUCCCACUCGCCAUAUCUAAAGGGCCCUUAGGCCUCAUGCAUUCCCCCACCCCUUUUAAGACUGGCUUCUAACCAUUCCUAGAAUAAAUUAAGAUGGCUGCCUUUUAUUCCUUUGAUUUAUUACAUUUCCAUGCUACUUCUGUAACAUUCCGCUCAGCCCCUCUGGCAUCUGCAGCGUUAGUUCAAGUUUGGGGCCCCCCAAAAUCAUAUAGGCACUUUUUUUUUUCAGCAUAAUACUUCCCCUCCGUAGUGUUACUUCCAUUUCACCCUUUAAACCCCCCUCUUAAUUUAAUAUUACUGUUGGUGUUUGGGGCAUGGCUUUAAAGCCAGGAUGCCUCAUUAAUGGCCGCACAUACAUUUUGCCAAUAUUAAUCUGCAAGUUUGUGACUUUAAAUUUGUACAUUAUUUUGUACAUUAGUUUUGGCGGAUUGGGGGUCUCUGGGAGGGUGUUGAAACUCUUGUCUGAAGCACUUCACCUCUUCAGUCCCUUUCUUCCUAAUCAUUGUCAUGUCAUUUGCGGUCUCUACAUCCUUAUGUCUUGUGUUACUAAUAUGGAAGUCAUACUGGCAGAUCUGACAUUAAAAAAACGUAAAUUUAAA